AAGCUUAUUCUCUCUUGCUAUCUUCUCUUCUCCUCCUUUUUUGAGCUCUCUAGCUAGAACUCAGAGAGAGAGAUCAAAAAUUUAGGAAAAAGGUUAGAGAGGGAAGAUGAGUUGCAACGGUUGUCGAGCUCUGAGGAAGGGAUGCAGCCAGUCUUGCAUCCUAAGGCCGUGUUUGGAUUGGAUUGAAAGCCCUCAGGCCCAAAUUAACGCCACCCUCUUCGUCUCCAAAUUCUUCGGCCGAAGCGAUCUCAUGUGUUUCAUUGCCACCGUGCCCGAAAAAAAUCGGCCUGAUCUCUUUCAGUCUCUGUUGUUCGAAGCCUGCGGUCGAACCGUGAAUCCGGUGAACGGAGUCCUUGGUCUACUCUCCACCGGCAACUGGCACAUAUGCCAGAUGGCCGUCAAGACGGUUCUUUCCGGCGGCACUCUGCGGCCGAUGGGUGCCGGAAUUCCAACCCCGCAGACCUGCGAACUAGCAUCCGAUGAUUUUCGCGCGACUCGGAAAUGGUACGACAUUGACAAUACCAAACAAUCCGACCUAGAGAAGAAUGAGAUGACAAUAUCCUUCAAUUCAGACUCGGAAGAAUCAGCUGGGUCGAUGAUCAGCUUCGACGGCGGCGAUUACGAGGUCAAGACUAGUCUGGGAGGAGAAGAACCGAAGCUGUUGAACCUUUUUGUAUGAUCAGAUAACCGAAUUAGUAUUAGGAUUUACGGCGACUUGAAUAGUAAUCGGUUCAAGUGUUUUUGUUGUAGUAAUGUGGAGUAGUGCUUUUUGGUUGAAUAAAAGAUGAACUUCUUUUGAUA